AUGUCCUCCACCAACACCGCAGCCCACCAGGCGGCCCUCGCUCUUUUGCGUCGCAGUUUUGGCGACAACGAUACCGCACUACUCCUUGGCGGGAUACUCCCGAUAACCAAACACGCCUUGUGGAAGGAUUCGUUAGCACGAUCGAUCUCUCGGUCGCCGAAGCUACGGCCGCCCAGAAGGCAUUGGAAGAACGAGUCACUUAAAUGUCUUCGCACGGAAGAGCAAGCCUCAUCCCUGACGACACAUGAUCGCACCCUCCAAGAUUCUCUGUGCAUUGCUCAUGAUGAGAUCGCGCGCCUCACGCACACUUUAGAGUCGGAAACUCGAUCGGCUUCUCGUCUGAAGUCGAUCAAGUUGGAUGUUGCGAAAUUCGAUGGAGGGAAGUCUCACAAACUCCUCAGCUGGCUUUUACAAGUCAGCACUUCUGCUGAUGCCCAGCGUAUCCACGACGCCACCCGCGUGGUUUUCGCGAUGUCGCAUAUGAAGGGUCGUGCAGAAGUGGGCGUUUUCCAAACGCUUGAUGGACCACAUUGCUUCCUGUCCUUUGCGGUCUUUGAGUCCGAACUAAAGCAAGGGAAACCCUCUCUUCAAGAGUUCAUCCAUGAUCUUCGCUUCUUGGCAGCGAAUAUUGACGAUGAAGAGUCACUCCCGGAGCCUCUACGUGUGACCGUUUCCAUGGACGGUCUCAACCAAGGCCCGGCGCGCACCCAGCUGUUUCGCGCCUACCCGGACACCUUCGAAUAA